AUGUCUGUCUUGGCCUCUCCCUCUCCCUUCCUCCUCCUCCUCUUCCUCUUCCUCCUCCCACUGCCCCCCUGCCAACCGGAGUCGCAGCGCAGCGACCCCAGCAGCGACCCCCUGUACCGGGCGGUCUCGCCCUCCAUGUUCCCCUCCUCCUUCCCGCCUUCCAUGUCUUACGGUAACGGCACCCCACCUGUUAAAGACAAGUGUCUGGAAGCGACCGAGUGCAGGCCCGGCAUCCUGUUGCCCGUCUGGAUGCCCAAAAGUCCCGGGCUCGGAGACCAGGUGGCCAGAGCUGUGGUCUACUUUGUGUCCCUCAUGUACAUGUUCCUGGGAGUGUCCAUCAUCGCAGACCGCUUUAUGGCGUCCAUAGAGGUCAUCACCUCACAGGAGAAGGAGGUGACCAUCACCUUGCCCAAUGGCGAAACAUCAGUGGCGACAGUUCGAAUCUGGAACGAAACAGUAUCCAAUCUGACACUGAUGGCUCUCGGCUCCAGCGCUCCGGAGAUACUUCUGUCUGUUAUAGAGGUGUGUGGUCACGGCUUCCACGCUGGCGAGCUGGGACCAGGAACCAUCGUCGGCAGCGCCGCCUUCAACAUGUUUGUGAUCCUCGGGAUCUGCGUGUGGACGAUCCCCGAAGGCGAGACUCGCAAGAUCAAACAUCUCAGGGUGUUCUUCAUCACCGCCUUCUGGAGCAUCUUCGCCUACAUCUGGCUCUACCUCAUCCUGUCCGUCAUGUCGCCAGGCGUCGUGGAGAUUUGGGAGGCUCUGGUGACCCUGCUGUACUUCCCGGUGUGUGUCAUCCUGGCGUGGAUCGCCGACCGCCGCCUGCUCUUCUACAAGUACAUGGGCAAGCGUUACCGCGCAGACAAGCGGCACGGCAUUGUGGUGGAGACCGAGGGAGACCUGACGCCCACCAAGGGCGGCAUGGAGAUGAUGGUGGAUGGCAAGUUCCCACCACGAGGGGGCGCCGUGGUCCCCGCCGAGAACUGUGGGAUUCAGGACGGCACAACGGGCGCUGUGGCAAAUAACGUCGGAGUAACAGGCAACCUGCCCAACUCCAACAGCACAAUGGUCAACGUGGAGAGCAGCAAGGAGCUGGACGAGAGCCGCAAAGAGGUGAUUCGUAUCCUGAAGGAGCUGAAGCAGAAAUAUCCUGACAAAGAACUGGACCAGCUGGUGGAGCUGGCCAACUACUACGCACUGCUGCACCAACAGAAGAGCAGAGCCUUCUACCGCAUUCAGGCGACUCGUAUGAUGAUCGGAGCUGGAAACGUCCUGAAGAAGCACGCAGCCGACCACGCUCGCCGCACAGCCGUGACCGACGAGGAAGCACCAGAAGAAGAAGACCUGGGGACAUCGAGCCGCAUCUCUUUCGAAAGCGCCCACAGUCAGUGCAUGGAGAACUGUGGCAUUCUGACGCUGGCUGUGGUCUGCCAAGGGGGUCUGGGAGAGAACACCUUCUAUGUGGACUACAGGACAGAGGACGGUUCAGCCAACGCUGGGUCAGAUUACGAAUACAGCGAAGGAACACUGGUGUUCAAACCUGGAGAGACUCGCAAAGAGAUUAAGGUCGGUAUCAUCGACGACGACAUAUUCGAGGAGGACGAGCACUUCUUUGUGCGCCUGCUGAACCUGCGCAUUGGUGACGCAGAGGGCAUGUUCGAGAGUGACGAAGUGGGUGCCGCCCCUAAAGGUCGCUUGGUUGAACCACUGGUGGCGACGGUGACCAUCCUGGACGACGACCACGCCGGCAUCUUCACCUUCAGCGAGCGAUUGGUGCGGGUGAGCGAGAGCGUGGGCACCAUGGAGGUGACGGUGGUGCGCAACUCAGGCGCCCGCGGCACCGUCAUCCUGCCGUACCACACCGAGUCCGGCACCGCCAUGUCCGGGGAGGACUAUGAGGAGGCCCGAGGAGAGCUGGAGUUCACCAACGACCAGACAACUCAGACGUUCCAAGUGAGGAUAAUUGAUGAUGAAGAGUAUGAGAAACAUGAAAACUUCUUCAUCGUGUUGGAGGAGCCGCGCUGGCUGAAGAGAGGAAUCUCAGCUCUGCUGCUCAACCAAGAGGGGGCGGAGGGGCAGAUGAGUGCUGAGGAGGAGGAGGCCCGGAGGAUAGCUGAGAUGGGGAAACCCAUCCUGGGAGAGCACAGCCGCCUGGAGGUGGUCAUCGAGGAGUCGUAUGAGUUCAAGAGCACCGUCGACAAGCUCAUUAAAAAGACCAACUUGGCGCUGGUGAUCGGCACACACUCCUGGAGGGAGCAGUUUGUGGAGGCGGUCACUGUCAGCGCAGGGGACGGGGAUGAUGACGAGGAGGGUCGUGAAGAGCGUCUUCCCUCCUGUUACGACUACGUCAUGCACUUCGUCACCGUGUUCUGGAAGGUUCUGUUCGCCUGCGUCCCGCCCACAGAGUACUGGAACGGCUGGGCCUGCUUCUUAGUCUCCAUCAGCGUUAUCGGCCUGCUCACCGCCAUCAUCGGAGAUCUGGCGUCACACUUUGGCUGCACCGUGGGGCUCCGGGACACCGUCACCGCCGUGGUGUUUGUGGCUCUGGGAACUUCUAUUCCAGACACCUUUGCUAGCAAAGUGGCCGCCAUGCAGGACCAGCACGCUGAUGCGUCCGUUGGUAACGUCACCGGUAGUAACGCGGUCAACGUGUUCCUGGGGAUCGGCGUGGCGUGGUCAGUUGCCGCCAUCUACUGGAAAUUCAAAGGGAAGGAGUUCAAGGUGGAUCCGGGAUCGCUGGCCUUCUCCGUCACACUCUUCACCAUCUUCGCUUUCAUCUGCAUGGGCGUGCUCCUGUUCCGGCGCCGGCCCUCCAUCGGCGGCGAGCUCGGCGGCCCCCGGGGGCCCCGCCUCGUGACGAGCCUGCUCUUCCUGGGUCUGUGGUUCCUCUACAUCCUCUUCUCCAGCCUGGAGGCCUACUGCCACAUCAGCGGCUUCUAAAAAGGAAAUGGAAGAAUACUGCACAGCAACACACACAUAUACUUCAACACACGACACAGCUCCACAUGAAACUAGUACGAUUCAUCUGUUUGACAGGGCUCACUGUGGCCUGGAAGUGUCCCGGCCUCUGAUGCAGGGAAACUAAAACACUUCAGAUACAUGUUCACACACACACUAUAUGUAAGCAUGUGUAAACAGAUCAUAACAAAAACAUGCACGCACAGUUACAGGCAUGACGAAGGGUGAGAGGAAGUGUAAGUGAGGGGCAGGAAGUGUGAAUGCAAAAGGUUACCGCAGAGAGAAGAAAGAAAGAGAGCUUUUAUUGUGAAAGGAAGAUUUAAGAGAUGUAAAGAAGGUCAGGUCAGCCUCUGGAUGUUGUCUCCCAACAACUCUCUCAUUAAUUUCAAAGCCAGGGGGUUUAGUUGUCCUGUAGGAUAGAGAAGAGGAACAAAAACCUGUGCAAACCAGACUUAAUGUAUCCAAGAAACAACAGAAACCUGUCUCUCCUGCUUGUCCUCUGUAGCACCAUCUUUACUGGUACGGCUUCACGUUUCUUCGCUGAGGAGGCGGAGCUUUGUGUGAAAAAAAGGAGUGGAAUGUUUACAAUAACAAUAACAUUAAGUUUGUUUACUACAAAAGGUUCUUAUAAAGUGGUGAUGUUUGUCUAAUACACUGUAUAGAUGAAGGCGGUUCUCCACACGCGCUGUAAAUAGUAAAAAUCAGUGUACUGUACAUAUAGAGUGUAGUGUUUUCAGUAGGCAGACGGCGCCUACCACUGAUGAAGUUAGAGAGGGUGGAAACAAAUACCUACUGUUAUAAACUGUAUAAAAAUGCAAAUCACAGUGAAAAGAGACAGAACAACAACAGUCAGUUCUCUGCUUUUUAAAACAGAUGUUCCCAACCAUUAGGAAAGUGAAGACUGUCAGACUUGGCUAACCAAACGAACAAAACGCUGUUGAAAUAAAAGUUUAUAAAGAGCCAUAGCUUCCCAGCAUCCUGCGUUCCACUCAGAUGUUACUUUUUACCAAAACAGUUUCUGGCCCAUUUUACAGAGGUUUAUACAUUUUGCAUGUAUAUCCAGAUACAGAGCAUCUUCACACAAUGAGUCACAAAUACAUGAUCAGAAUUCACCUUGUGUGUCAGCUGCUCCAUGAUGUUAAAGGAACACUUCACCCAGAAAAUGACCAUUUGAACAUCAGUUACUCUCUGAACUCUUGAAGAAUACUUACUUGCAAAUUGUUCAGACUGGCUGAGAUGGUCGUGGUUGAAGUGCCAUUAUCAAUCUCCUUAUUGUUCAGAUUCCUUAUCAAUUCCUGAUCUAUUUUUGUGUUGCUUCUAGAUAGAAUACUUCUUAGAAACAGUGUAAAAACUACAGUUCGUCUGUCAAGAGACCAUUUCUUCCUCUCUGAGAUGACUCCUUCUUCUUGCAAGUUUCCAGCAGCAUAGUUGCAGUUGCAUGACUUUGACAUCAUUUUUUUUUGCAAUGCACAAAAAUGAAUGAUGCUUAACAGAACUGCUUAGCUCAGAGACACACAAUCCCAAAGAUUCCGACCAUUUGUAAUUGACUCUCAACUGAAACCUGUUCUAAAAGACUUUGGUGAAAUGGCAUGUGUUUGGGAAGUAGUGAUAUAUCGAUGAUCAAAGUAAAAAAAAAAACUCCAGAAUCGUGACAACACUAUUGGGAGAGAGAAGACAGCUGGUGAAAUGAGACUUGGAUUAAACUGCAAGACGUGUCUGAGAGUUUGAAACAAAUCAUUUGAUAUAGUUCUGCUGUUGUUAAACCCCCAUUUACUUAAAUCCACUAAUUGUUUACCUACGUCUUUGGACGUUUUUGGAUUCUUUUCUCACUGAUAGAAGAAAACGUUUUCUUUAACCCUUUAUCGGGCGAAGAACUAUAUUUGGUAACUUCAGUGGAUAUCAAAAUGAGGUCCCCAUGUCUUUCUGUGAGAUCGUAGAACCACCAGAAUAUUUUGAGAGUAAAGUUACAAAUUUACUA